AUGUUGAAGUCUAGCUUUGCCCAUAGACUAGCACUCAAGACCACUUACAACUCAAUCCAUUUCAGAACGAUGUCAUCGACAGUAUCGAGCAACCCCACGUCAGGCGCCGAGGAGGCCGUCGUGCUCAACGAGAGCAAGAACCAUGCCAGACUCUUAAUCUUGAACCGAGUCCGCAAGUUGAACUCGUUAAACACGGAGAUGGUCGAGCUUAUUACUCCAGGGUUGUUGGCUAACGUCAAAGCCAAGGAGAACAACGUCACCAUCUUGACUUCCAACUCGCCCAAGGCCUUGUGCGCCGGAGGGGACGUCGCUGAGUGCGCCGUGCAGAUUAGAAAGGGCAAUCCUGGCUACGGUGCGGAUUUCUUUGACAAGGAGUACAAUAUGAACUAUGUCAUUGCCACAAUGCCCAAGCCAUAUGUCUCGUUGAUGAACAAUAUCACCUUUGGUGGCGGUGUUGGCUUAUCUGUGCAUGCUCCGUUUAGAGUCGCCACGGAAAAGACCAGAUUGGCUAUGCCCGAGAUGGAUAUUGGUUUUUUCCCUGAUGUCGGCACUACUUUCUUCUUGCCCAGGUUGGAUGACAAGUUGGGCUACUACACUGCUUUGACUGGCUCAGUUUUGUCGGGGUUGGAUGCCUACGUUAUGGGAUUCGCUACCCAUUUCAUCAAGUCUGAUAAGCUUCCUCAAGUGAUUAGCAGGUUGGCCAAUUUGCAGCCACCGGAAUUGGAAGAAGGCGUCGAGAUCUCGUUGGUCAAGGGCAAUUCGGCCUAUUUUGACCAGGUCAACUCGGUGUUGAAUGAUUUUAGCGAGAAGAAGUUGCCAGAUGACUACAAGUUUUUGUUAAGUGAUGACGAGAUCGAUUUGAACAGGAAAGCGUUUUCUCAAAAGAGCAUUGACCAUGUAUUGAAGUACUUUGAAGAUGAAAGUAAAAACUCGCCAUUUGCAAAAAAGACCCUUGAGACAUUGUUGCAAAAGCCAAGAACUUCAUUGACGAUUGGGUUCGAAUUGAUGAACAAAGGGUUGCACAACACAAUCAAGGAACAGUUGGCUCUCGAGAUGGUGUCCGCUACCAACAUCAUGAGAAUCCCAGCCGACAAGAACGAUUUCGCCAAGGGUGUCAUUCACAAAUUAGUCGACAAGAUCAAGGAGCCAUUUUUCCCACAAUGGAACGAUCCAAGCACUGUGACUCCCGAGUUCUUGAGCUAUAUCUUUACUGAAACCGAAGAAACUAGAAAAUUCUUGUCGUCGCCAUUGAUUGACAAAUGGUUUGGUCUUGACUACAACAACUAUCCAUUAAACUAUGGCUUACCAAGAGCAGGCGAAGUUGCCCAGUACAUUGCUGGAACCGAUGGCUCCAACAGAUCUUACUUGCCAACACCAGCCGAGGUUUUCAAACAUUUCAAGCAAAAGACAAACAACAAGUUGGGCUUAGAGCUUAAAAUCGAGCAGCUCUUGAACUUACAUGGCGAAACCGCCAAAUACGACAACAAGUAUGUCUCUUGGAAGGAUUAA